AUUGAUUGAUUUAAAGGAGACGAAAUCGCUGAUUUGGAUUAUAUAACCAAAAAUCGUUUGGGUUACUCAGGUUUAGUUUUAUUUUGGUUCAUUCGGUUUAGUGUUUUUUUUUUUUUUUAAACAUGUGUCCCAUCAAAACUAUACUAAAAGGAGCAAAAUAAGGCUUCUUACGGUAUCCACGUCGGACAGGAAAUUCCACCAAUGGAAUGCAUCAUUUCAUCCACGUCAUUUAUUAAGUCAAUUGUUUGGGCUUUCGGUGGAUUUUGUUUAUUAUUUGGGCUGUUAUAGUCUAGCCCAUUUUUUCUCUUCGCCACAAGCUGUCUCCGUCUUCUGUCGACUUAAUUUUUUUCCCCGUACCUUUGCGACUUCCAUCUCUUCCGUUUCUCAUCUCUUCAAUUUCGUCUCCACCAGUAAAUCACCACUAACUGAAUCCUUGAUUAAGCUCAUUCAAUGGAUUCCUUUCACCUUCUUCUCUGUUUUUCUAUAUAUAAAUCUCUUUUUCUAUCUUAUCUUCCCAUCCAAGUUGAAAAGACUCUCAAAACUCAUCCCGAUGGAAUCCACCGGCAACUCAUCCGUCUCCGGCGAUCGCAAAGCCAGCAAGAAGACCGUCGCCUCCUCUGUGACUGCGAAACCAAACGGAAAGUCCCCUGUUUCGUCUACCAAUCCGAUGAACCCAAACACUGUUACCGCUCUGUCCUCCGCGCAUGCAAACCAAGUGAUGUUCUUCAGAGAUGUUUCACUCGGCCCAUGCGAAGCUGAGUUGAGGUUUCGUCUGAUUCACUUAUGGGAGGCUCGAAAUAUAUACACGAAAACCCUGCUUGGAAAAGAGAUGCUCCUUAUUGACGAAGAGGGAACUGUUAUUCAAGGUUUUGUUCCAGCUGGUCGAGUAGGGACAUUUGAUCUGGUAGCUGGUUCCGUCUAUAAGCUCAGGAAUUUUUUCGGAUCCAGGAACAAAACUCAGUUCUCGGUUGCUGAUCAUAUCGCCAUCGUCUCAUUCAGUUGGAAUUCUGAUUUAUCCGUUUUUGAGAACCCUCCGGUUCUGAUUCCAGAAGACAGGUUCAGGUUCCACAGCUUCGAGGAGUUUAUGGCCAACUCUGAUUCCAAGGGUGAUCUUUACGAUUAUGUUGGCCACAUGAGGCUGGUGAAUGGGCAGACUCUCACUGACCAUACUGUUCUUGACGAAGUUGCCAUAACUAAGAAGCGGCAUCUAUGUGUUCAUGUUCAGACACAUGACGGACCAGUGAUGAAGCUCUAUCUAUGGGAUAAUGCCGCAUCUGAGUUUUGCCAGAAAUUUAAAUCGUAUGGAAGGACCCCACACGUUCUUUUGGUCACCACAGUGAACCCUAAACAUCUUGGAGGAACCCUUUGUCUCACUUCUGUGUCAUCAUCUCGAGUGUUCAUGGAUGACGAUGUUCAGCCUAGCAAGGAUUACUUUGAAUGGUUGAGCUCCAACACAGGUAUUGCUAAUAGGAUUGCUGCUGAGGUAGUCGCAAAGCCUGAGGCAGUGACUCUUGAGGAGCUAUUCUCCUACAUUAAGCAGGAAGCUUCUAAGGUUGCUUGGUUUGAAUGCACAGCAACUAUAGAUGAUGUUGUCCAGUGUUCUUCUUGGUAUUACGUUUCCUGCGGUGGAUGUAAUAGUAAGGCAGUUAAAGGUCCUACUUCUCUGAUGUGCAACAACAAGAAGUGUGAGAAGAGUGAAGUCACAGGCGUGCCUCAGUACCUCACGAAGAUUUCUGUUUAUGAUAAGAGCGAGCAAGCAGUUUUUGUCAUCCUUGGUAAUGCCGGCAAGGAGUUGACUGGGAAACAUGCAGCAGAAUUGGUUGCUAAUUUCUUUGAGUCUAAUGAGGGAGCAGGAGCUGACCAUUGCGUUCCGGUUCCACAAGCUUUACUUGAUACAAUAGGGCAGACACGGAAGUUCAUUGUGAAAGUGUCGGACCAUAACUUGAAAGGCAAGACUCAUACCAUAACUGUCACAAAGAUACUCCCACCAGAAGCUGCACUUCCAGCAACGUCCGAUGAUAUUCCUACGACUAUGGGUGAUGGAUCUGCUCCUUCCAGCGGCUUUGGAGAUCCUGCGGGUGAUAAGGCUAGAAAAGCUGCUGAUAGUCUUGAGUCAGACGAUGCCAAGCGUUCCAAGAGUGGCUAAUAUAGCUUCAGCGUAUCCUCUUACUGUUUUUACGUUUAUAUAAAGACUUUGCCUUCUUUCAAUUUUAAUCUUCAGACUUUUGUCUUUUAUGUUUAAGUUAUUCUGAUACAAUUUUCGUUAUAUGGUUUUUACUUAUCCCUUUAAGCAUCUACUUAUCCUAA